AUGGCAGAACGCGUGAAGCAGGAGCCACGCCCGGCUGCCAAGAAGGCAGAGGAACAGAUUAAGUUGGACAUGGAGUUUGAGACGGGGGAACGACUAAUUCAGCCAGGAGGGCAGGAAUCUGGUGAACGAGCAGGAGGGAAGUUCGCUCCUGGUCUGGAUAAGAGGGAGGAAGGGCAGAGCGAGACCCCUAAGAAGCAUGAAACGGAAUGA